AUGAGAGCUAGGAGAGCUUGGAUGCUUGCCAAGCAGCUUAGUAUUGUCUUUGAUGAGUCUGAUAAAGAAGCUAUUAAAGAGAUGAGUCAUACAAGUGCUUAUGGCCCUUACACACCUGGUUUCAAUAAUGUGAUAAAGUUAAACCUGGAUGACGUGGAAGUUCCAUUAGAGUUUAUUGCACAAUACAAAUCUAUGCUGGGAAAUCAUGUUGUUGUUAGGGAUCCUGUAGGGGGGGAGUUCACCUUUCAGUUGGUUGUUGGUAAUAAUGGAGGUUUGCUCAUUGAUGUUGUGGACAAGUUUGUAAAAAGGUAUGAUUUGAAACGAAAUCAUUGGGUAGAUUUCUCCUAUUGUGGAAAGAACAAGUUUUCUAUCAGGAUAUUUGAUAGAAUGAUGAAUCAAAUAAGCUAUGGUGCUGGCCCUUCUGUAAGGCAACCUGAUGUUGGGAGUUCAGGUAAGAAUGGUGAAGAGGUGGUUGUUUCUGAUGUUGGUGAUAAGGAUGAAGUUGGUGGGGAAGUUGUAGUGGCUGAUGUCGGUGGUAAGGUUGAAGUUGGUGGGGAAGUUGCAGUUCCAGUGGCUGAUAUUGGUGAUAAGGAUGAAGAUGGUGUGGAAGUUCCAGUUCCAGUGGCUGAUGUUGGUGGGGAGAUUCCAGUAGCUGAUGUUGGUGGGCAGUUUAUGGAUGUGGAUAACAUUGAAGAGAAUGAUGUAAUUAUGAUAUCAAGUGAUGAUGAGGAGGAUGAUGGAAUCGUGCAAUUAAGUGAUGAGGAGGAGGAUGAUGGAAUUAUGCAAUUGAGUGAUGGUGAGGAGGAUGAUGGUGUGGAGAGGGUUAUUCAUAAUUUUGAUAAGGUCAUUAGCAGCUCUGAUUCUGGUGGAGGCCAGACAAUGGCAUUGCCUAAGUUGUAUGUGGUGAAUCAUAUUAGGGCAAACUGGGAGAAUAUCGUUCUACAAACCCCUAGGGGUAGAACUUAUAGUUGUCUGCUGAAAAGAAGGAAUCCAAGGAAGAUUGAUACUCCAAUCCACAUUGCAAAGGAUUGGUAUCAAUAUGUGAAGGAUCAUGAGUUGAAGUAUAGGGAUGUUGUGCACUUUAGGCCAGUUAGCACUCACAACAAUUUGGUUAAUGUUACCAUUACCCGUGGGCAGCCGUAGUGAGUUUGAUGUUUUGUUGAUUUCCUAUUAAUGUUUUCAGUUUGGACCUUGUAUGUUUUGCCUUUGUUUUGUGCAACUUUUGGACUGGCUUGAUGCCCCUGGCUUGUUAGACCUUUUUGGAUAUGUUUUGUGCAACUUGGUGUUUUAU